GCUGUCAGUCAAAGGCGUCCUGCAGGAUUACCGGAAGUGAGUCACAGAGACACAGAGCUCCGAUCGAGGGAUGUGGAGAGUGGGCAUGUCGGAGGAUAUCGGCAAAGCGUUACAGGCAGUCGUAGACCGGGUUCAGCAGGCAGCUGCCCGGCGCCCGCAGUCCCUGCCCAGCCUGCCUCCUCGGCUGGUGGCAGUCAGCAAGACCAAGCCCCCCGAGAUGGUGAUAGAGGCGUACCAGAAGGGCCAGCGCAACUUUGGGGAGAACUAUGUUCAGGAGCUGCUGGAGAAGGCGUCCAAUCCCCAGAUUCUGUCCUCCUGUCCUGAGAUAAAGUGGCAUUUCAUCGGGCACCUGCAGAAGAACAACGUCAAUAAAUUAAUGGGCGUUCCUAAUCUUUUCAUGGUGGAGACGGUAGACUCUGUGAAGCUGGCUGACCGAGUCAAUACUUCCUGGCAGAAAGUGAGGGCGUCGUCCACGCUGGGUCAGAGGUUAAAGGUCAUGGUCCAGAUCAACACCAGUGGAGAGGACAGUAAACAUGGCCUGCCCCCGGAAGAGACCGUCAACACCGUGCAGCACAUCGUUUCGCAGUGCCUGGCCCUCGAGUUCGUGGGGCUCAUGACAAUUGGACGGUAUGGCUAUGACCUCAGCGAGGGGCCCAACCCUGACUUUCAGAACCUGCUGGCUCGGAGGAGGGAGUUGUGUGAGAGCAUGAAGCUGCCCCUGGAGAAGGUGGAGCUCAGCAUGGGGAUGUCCAAUGACUUCGAGCACGCGAUUGAAGUGGGCUCUACCAACAUAAGGGUGGGCAGCACCAUUUUCGGAGAUCGGGGGUACCCCAGCACGCCCAGCCCCGAGAAGAGGUCAAAGGUCGUGACGCAGGAGGCGGCAGAGAAGCUGGACCGCCUGACGGUGAAGGAGCACUGACUCCCCCAAAAGCCGCGCGCGCGCGCCCACAGAUGCACACACGAACCCAGCCUGGCCCGUAGGCGGAAUGACGAGAGUGAUGGACAGACUUCCCGGAGUCGGGAAGCCAGCAUGGCAUAGCCUGUCUCUCCAGAAAAUCUGAGAGGACACACCCCCCCCACCCAAAGCCUCAUGGAAGGAGACACUUCAGACUGACUGGCCUCCCUGUCCCCCCCCUCACUCUCUUCUCUGCCUUGUUCUCCUUUCUCUCCCUCAUCCACCUCCUUUCUUAUCCAUUUCUCUCCACCCUCUUCUCGCUCCCUCUCCUCCUCCUCUUUCAGCUCCCCUGUGCCUCUGUGUGUUAGAAAGCCCCUUUCCCUUUUGUUCCUUUCCACCGUUCCUCUUCAGCGACACAGAGCUGCUUGUAUACUGAACACCCGCACCCCCCUGCCACCCUUCACCACAGUUUCUCAGAGUGACGGGAACACAUCGCCAUGACCUGCGUUUUAGUGUCGUUUUUAUUAUUUCCCUUUUUACUCCUGAGCACUUUAUUAACUAAGGUGGGUUAAGAGGUAAAAAGCAGCACAAGACUCUAAAAGGAUGUGAGAGAGCUGGUAUGAUUAGAGAUGGGUCUGUCAGAUCAGUGAGAGUUUCAGUAUGUGGUUUUCCGCCGAUGCGGGUUCAGCUGUGUUAUUUGGCACACUGCAUUGUUGCAAUCCUGGAUUCUUCACAUUUAGUCAGGAAAAAAUUUAGGACUUUGAUCAGUUUUAUCAAACAUUUAUGAGUCUUAAAAAAGCCCGGUGUUAAAGUGUUCUUUUUUUGUAAAUGUUUAAGUUAUUAACUUUUUUUAUUGGCAUGCAGUUUCAGAUGAAGGUCUCGGGCAGUUUCUGUGUACACAUCACUCUUCCAGCGAGAGUGGGAGUUCUCAGCUUCAUGAAAGUGCUUUUAACCAACAGCAAAUCAUGCUGUAAAUAUCAUGACCAUUGUUUCCAGCCAAAAUCGAAGCACAGAUUGUUAAAUAUAAAAAAUAUGAAUCUAUAAUAAAAUUAUUAGAAAUUAGCUAGAGUAAUUAUUGCAUUUAAUUAUUUUUAAUUCAUAGGCAUUGGCUUUGCUUCUCAUGAGUACCAAGGAGUUUUUUGCAUGCUGGGGUGGCUAGGCUGAAGUUACCACCGGCAAUCAGUAGGGGGAGCUCUCACCCUAAUUUCGUUCCAAAUAAAAGCCAACGUCUUUUUUUAAUCCUCUCUUUAAUUGCAAACAGAACAAAUUUGCAACUUCCCACACGAGUCUUGUCUCCUGCUAAUCAUUCACCUUUUACCUUUUUACUCCCUUUCAAACUCACUGUAAUUAGUCCCUGGAGUAAAAGCCUGACUUGGGAAGCUUUAAGCAUUUCCCUUCUGGCUUACUGUUUUAGAGUGUCAUUGACAUUCAGUGGCAAAAACUUCGAAAAGUGGACGUUGUCAUUAUGCAGGUCAGUUUUCUGGAGGCAGUCAUUUGUAAAUCAAAUUCUUCAUGAGUUAUUGUCUUAAAUCUUUUCCACAUUGAAAAGUUUGUAAAGUGGUAAACAAGUAUAGGCACCUAUAUUUAAAGAAUGAUCCCAGUGUUGCUCGUCAAGUUCUAAAGUAAAACUCGAUUAACCUUCUCUGCACACAGGCCAGCCUUAAUAAAAGGAACAGUCCAGACAAAGACUACGCACUGUAUAUAGAGCACCUGUGAGCUUGAUCUUUUCUGUCCUGCGUGGCCUGUUUUAGACAGUCAUGCAGAGGAUAAUCUGGAGUUAUUCCACAAUUUUUGUGUUCUGGAGGGGUUGCUUACUUGAUAAAUCCAUUCUCUGUAUGUAUCCUGAAUUAAGGGAAUGAUUAUCUUUGUGGCUGAGACAGUUGUAGACCAAUAUUUUAAAAGCAGAGCUCCAAACUUAAACCCGUAGCUUUAACUGAUGUGUUCUGCAUUCUAAAAUAGCAGGAAGUGAAGGCUAUGAACUUUAAUGAAUAGAAUAGCUGCCUUUAAAUUCUGUUACUUCAUAAUCGCGAAUUUGUGUGUUCAUACUCUAGGUAUAAUCCCUCCUUUUGAUUUUUUUUCAGUGUGUCAGCCAAUUUGUGCCAAUAGUGCUUCUGUUGGGUGUUGCCUAUUUGUCUUUCUAGAUGUUAAUAAUAUAAUCUCCCCUUUAAACCUUGUUUUAUAGAAGCCACCCAUUGAAACUAAAGCAAUUUAUCACUUGUAAUACAUCGAUCUUAUACAGUGCCCAAGGAAUGUCAGCCUUAUAGUCAGACUGAACAUACGCAUUAUUUUCAUUUUUGGCUAUAGUGUGUGUAAGGUUUGUGCUAUGCAGUUGUUUAUGAAUGCAUUGUGUACAAGUGUUUGUUUUAUUUGUGAAAAUUCUGCAUUGGAUCAGUCCAAUUCCCUGGACUGUGCCACCAGACUCUUCAUUCUGCUGUGCAUUCAUGCCUUCUGGUGUGUACUGCCAGUGCUCAUGUGAACACAUUUUUCAUGGUCUUAUUUGACUGUGCAAUCAAUUUGAUUUGUAGAUAUAAUUUUGUUUGGCCCAAAGUGCACAGUUUUCCCUCUGUAGUUGUUUGCCCAGGCCAGCUAACUCCACAUGCACCUGUAGAAAGCAGAAAGAAAAUCUUUGAAUUAGUUAUGUAGUUUGACACCUUGUUGGUCUGUUCAUCCACAUGCCACAGACCACCAAUUUAAAAACCUUCUGAAGAGUUGUAAGCGGUAUACAUCAGGUUGGUGUCGUGUGCUUGUGUGGCAAAAUUACAAGAAGCCAUUUUAUGCUAAAAGCAGGAGGACAAAGACAUUUGAAUGUACACUACUGCCAACGUAAUUUAAACGCUAUAUGCUUGGGGAUGCAAACUAGAAAGUGAAUACAGGGUAAGCUCUGAAAAUCAAACUACUGCUGAAUGCCUCAGUGUGACAGUGUAGCACUCUAUGGUCAGAGCAGUUGUCUGUAUGGGGAGGGAUUCCAAACAGAGCCUUCCAAAGUUGUUCUACAGCAUUCCGAAUGACAUUCCAAGAGGAAUUCCUGGAAUGCCUUUGGAACGUGCUGAGGAUGCCAGAGUCUGGGGGCUGGAGCUGGAGAGGUUUUGGGUGACAGCAAGCCAAUACACUGUUGCCAACUGAUGUUCUUUAUUGGAGUGUUUAUUUUUAAUGCAGAUUUCAAAGUUUACUUUAGUAUAAGAGUUUGUAGACUGUGCCAUUCUGUAAACUGUAGUCCAGUUAUACCUGAAUAGUUUGUACCCUUUUGGUCUCCUCUGCAUUGUGUGUGUGAGAAUGCAUCACAGGCUGAUGGGUUUUAAAAUCAGCUCGUUUUGCCGAGAUUGAUGGUUUUGCUGAUUCUUUGCAUUCUCAGCUUGCUUAUCUCAUUGUUUAGAUGAGCCAGCUAACUUACCAGUAUAGAUACCAGUAUCUCUUCUGCUACAAACAGAAUAUCUGACAAAAACAAAACGUCAAGCCAUGCCUGUAAUGAUUACAUGCCUGUAAUCCUGUAAUGAUGUGAUAAUACUGAUCAUCAGAGCUGAUCCGCAUCGGAAGUGCCAAUCCAUUCACCAGCAAGGCCUGAUCUUGUCAGGGGAGGACUGUGACGCGGAGAGGCUGUGGGCUCGAGCAGGGGGCCAAUUACUGUACAUGCGUGACAGUCCGGGAGAAAGCCUUGCUUUGAAACCAUACUGGAUCUUUUUCAUCAGCAGGAUUAGUGGUACAAUGUGAGGAAUGCUAAAAUAUAAUAAAUGACUAUUUUUUAACUGUA